GUAUUCGUGGCGUGUAUAAUAUAAAUUUGGCCGGGACGAAGAAAAUGUCUUUUUCAGAUUUUAAGUAUAUAGAUGUGGAACCUUCGUUAAAAAACUUAACUACAGAUUUAGGAAGAAUUCCACAGAAGCAGGAUGAUUUGCUUCAGUCGCUCGGGGCCCCACACGUGGAGUCAUUUAAUUACAUUCUAAGAGAAGGGCUUGAUAAAGCAGUAAAUGAUAUCUUAGCUACAGAAUUUUGUUUGCAGAAUGAUGAUCGCAUCAGCAUAAAGUUGGAGAGUGCAAAAUUAUGUUCACCUCUUGUUCCACAUGGUUCAUAUGGUGUAAAGUCACCAAAAAUAUUCCCUACUGAAUGUCGGCAGCGUGGAGUUACAUACAGGGGACACCUCAUAACACAGUUGUCAUUUAAAAUUAAUGGUGUUCAAAUGGCAGUUAUUGAGAAGGAUUUGGGGCAGAUCCCAAUAAUGGUGAAGUCAGACAUAUGCCAUCUAUCAAAACUGACUCCCAAGCAACUGAUAGAAAAGGGGGAACAUGCAGAAGAAUGGGGUGGGUAUUUUAUACUUGGAGGACAUGAGCGUAUCGUCCGGAUGCUGCAGUUGACCCGGAGGAAUUAUCCAUUAACUGUAACUAGGACAUCUUGGAAGCAGCGUGGGAACCUGUUUUCUGACUUGGGUGUUAUGAUACGCUGUGUCAAGGAUGAUCAAACUACAACAAACAAUGUGCUGCAUUUUGUGAGAGAUGGUUCAGCAAAACUGAUGUUCAGCCACAAGCUCAAUCUUUAUUAUACACCCAUCAUGCUGAUCCUGAAGUGUCUCCUUGAUGUCUCUGAUGAAUACAUAAUACACCAGUUCAUGGCAGGUUAUGAAGAUGACACCUACAUGAAAGGAUGUGUGAUGAAUAUGAUGCAAGCCAUGCAUGAAGAGGGAAUUCAUACUCACUAUGAAGCAAAGAGAUACAUUGGCAAAACAUUCAAAGUUCGAUUCUAUGAUGUACCCCCCUGGACAACAGAUGAAGAAAUAUGUGAUUUUAUAAUUAAGCACUCUCUGGCAAUUCAUCUGGAGAACAAUGAAGACAAGUUCAACUUGUACAUAAUGAUGAUGCAGAAGUUGUUUUCUGUAGUACAGAACAAAUGUUGUGUGGAAGGUGCAGAUGGGUUGAUGAUGCAUGAAUUACUUCUUGGAGGUCAUCUGUACCUGCAGUUACUGAAAGAUAAAAUGCAGACAUGGCUGCAGGUUAUUAAAUCUGUAAUUCUGAAAAAAGCUAAAACAACUGUUGGUUUCAUCCUAAAUACAAAUGAGGUGAAUUGGGCAUUAAGGAGAAGUGGAACUAUAGAAUCAGCAAUGAACGCAUUCCUUGCAACUGGAAAUGUUUUCAGUUCAUCAGGAUUAGGACUUAUGCAGGAUAAAGGUUUAACUGUUAUGGCUGAAAACAUCAAUCGGAUGCGUUACAUGUCCCACUUUCGAUCUGUACACAGAGGUUCAUUCUUCCAGGAAAUGAGAACUUCUGAACCACGGCAGCUACUGCCUGAAGCUUGGGGGUUCAUCUGUCCUGUCCACACACCUGAUGGGGCACCUUGUGGGUUGCUGAAUCAUUUGACUAAAUACUGUGAAGUGACAAGUACUCCUGACCCAAGGCUAGUUGCCAACAUUCCAUCUUUGUUGGUGUCCUUAGGAAUGGUCCCCCUUAAAGGUGUCAGACUUAUUGCCCUUAACCAUAACGAACAGUUUGUUGUGUUGCUUGAUGGCCGAGUUCUAGGACAUGUCGAGAAAAGAGAAGCUAGGAGAUUAGUAGAUAAACUACGAUUUUUGAAGAUAGUUGGCAAAAGAGUACCACGUACAUUAGAGAUUGUUCUAGUUCCAAUGGGAAGAAAGUGUGGACAGUUUCCAGGCUUGUUCCUCUUCACUGGACCAGCUCGUAUGAUGCGCCCAGUCAUCAACCUGGCUGCAAAAAAAGUUGAACUCAUUGGCACCUUUGAGCAAGUUUAUAUGGACAUCUGUAUCUAUCCAGAAGAAGCAUAUGAAGGGAUAACUACUCACCAGGAAGUGACAGACACCAGUUUUCUAAGCAAUUUGGCAUGCCUUAUUCCAAUGCCAGACUGCAAUCAGAGUCCACGUAACAUGUACCAGUGUCAGAUGGGGAAACAAACCAUGGGAACUCCAUGUCACACCUGGCAUCUACAAGCUGAGUGUAAGCUCUACCGACUUCAGACACCAGCAAGUCCAUUUUUUCGACCAGGUCACUAUGACUUAGUUGGUCUAGAUGAGUUUGCAAUGGGAACUAAUGCUGUUGUUGCUGUUAUUUCCUAUACAGGCUAUGAUAUGGAAGAUGCCAUGAUAAUCAACAAAGCUUCAUAUGAGCGAGGCUUUGCUCAUGGCUGUGUUUACAAAUCUGAGUUUGUCGAGCUGAAGUCUCAAAAGUCAUAUUUUGGCUUAGAUCCUGAAAGACCAGAGCUACAGACUUUCCUGGAUUCAGAUGGAUUGCCACACCCUGGUGUGUUGCUCAAACAAGGACAAUCUUAUUGUUGCUAUUAUGAUGAUGAUGAAGCAAAAUUUCGUAUUGAAAAAUGGAAAGGGAAAGAAGAUGCAUAUAUUGACAAUGUAAGGCUGUGUGGAAACUUGUCUGCUCAAGAAGCAACUAAAGCCUGCAUUGUCUUCAGGAUACCACGUAAUCCAUCUGUAGGAGAUAAAUUUGCAAGUCGGGCUGGUCAAAAGGGAAUCUGUAGUUACCUUUGGCCACAAGAGGACUUGCCAUACACAGAAACUGGUCUGAUUCCAGAUAUAGUGUUCAAUCCACAUGGAUUCCCUUCUCGAAUGACAAUUGCCAUGAUGAUUGAGGUAAUGGCAGGGAAGUCUGCUGUAUUACAUGGUUUGGUCCAUGAUGCUGCACCUUUCAGGUUUUCGGAAGAGUAUACAGCAAUUGACUACUUUGGCAAAAUGCUGGAAGCAGGAGGUUAUAAUUAUUACAGCACAGAGAAAAUGUACAGUGGUAUUGAUGGAUGUGAAAUGAAAGCCGACAUUUUCUUUGGUAUAGUUCACUAUCAAAGGCUGAGACACAUGGUGUCUGACAAGUGGCAGGUACGCAGUACAGGACCGAUUGAUGUGCUGACCCAUCAGCCAGUGAAAGGCAGACGACGAGGGGGUGGAGUCAGAUUUGGAGAAAUGGAGCGUGACUCAUUGCUGUCCUAUGAAACUUUACAGAUGUUGCUCUGUAAGACGUGUGGCAGCAUCCUGUCUCCAUUGGUUACAGCACAGCAGCGUGGAGGUCAGUAUGAACAAGAGGUUCAUUGUAAGGUGUGUCAGGAGAAGGGAAAGGUGGAGGAAGUUGAGAUGCCAUAUAUUUUCCGUUAUUUAGUUGCACAGUUGGCUUCGGUCAAUAUUAAGAUCAAGAUUGAUGUUGUGGAGCAAUAAGGUGUUCAUUUCCAUUGCUUGUAUGUAUGUUCAGCCGACAACUCAUUAAAGUCUAAACAGUACAUCAAAUUGUUACAUUUUGAAAUGUAUAACAUUAUGCAAUUAUUUAUGUCCAAUAUGUUGCAUUGGCAUCCAUUAAUAAAUGACAAGACAUUUGAACGAAGCAAAAUAUUGAAGUUUAUGUGUCUUCUCCAUGUUAUAAUAAUUUGAUAGAAACAUACAUUACUGUACAAAGUUGUUACAUUAAAUUUGUACAUAAACUUCUA